AUGGACCCUCUUGGUGCAGCCCACACUCAGGUGGGGUUUGAGCUCUUCAAGAAGCUGAAUAAAACAAACCAGGACAACAUUUUCUUCUCUCCUAUGGGCAUCUCCACCGCGGUUGGCAUGCUUCUCCUGGGCUCUCAAGGAGCCGCUUCCAGCCAGUUACAGAAGAUGCUUUGCUCUGAAAAAGACACAAGCUCAAAAAUAAAAACAGAAGAAAAAGAAAUGGGGAGACAUACUGAGAAGACAGAAGAGAUACACCAGCAGUUCCAGAAACUUCCGAGGGACUUAGGGGACUCUACAAGUGAUUUUGAACUGAAAAUAGCCAAUAGGCUAUUUGGAGAAAAAACAUACCUCUUCCUUCAGAAAUACUUAGAUUAUGUUGAAAAGUAUUUUCAUGCUUCUCUGGAACCUGUCGAUUUUCUAAAUGCAACAGAUGAAAGUCGAAAGAAGAUCAAUUCCUGGGUUGAGAGCCAAACCAAUGAAAAGGUCAAAGACCUGUUUUCAGAUGGUUCUCUCAGCAGCUCCACCAAGCUGGUGGUGGUGAACAUAGUUUAUUUCAAAGGACAGUGGGACAGGGAGUUUAAGAAAGAAGACACCACGGAGGAAGAGUUUUGGCUGAGUAAGAGUCUGAGUAAGCCUGUACCCAUGAUGACACAGUGCCAGUCCUUUAGCUUUACUUCCCUGGAAGACUUACCAGCCAAAAUUCUGGGCAUUCCAUAUAAAAACAAUGACCUCAGCAUGUUUGUGUUGCUGCCGGACGACAUAGACGGUCUAGAGAAGAUAAUAGACGACAUCAGCCCGGAGAAGCUGGUGGCGUGGACGCAGCCGGGGCGCAUGGAGCAGAGGACCGUGCACGUGCACCUGCCCCGCUUCCGCGUGGAGGACAGCUAUGACCUGGAGGCGGCGCUGGGCACCCGCCGCGCCCCGCGCGAGCCCCGCGCCCAGGGCUCCGAGCACCCCUCCAGCUCGGGGCUGCACGCCCAGAAGUUCUUGCACAAGUCCUUCAUGGUGGUGACGGAGGACGGCACGGAGGCCGGGGCUGGCACCGGAGUGGGCUUUGCCGUCACGCCAGCGCCAGGCUGCGAGGAUUUCCUCUGCAAUCACCCCUUCCUGUUCUUCAUCAGGCACAGCGACUCCGACAGCGUCCUCUUCUUCGGCCGGUUUUCUUCUCCUUAG